CAGAGCUCAGCCCGAGUUUCUAGGACAACCUCGGAGAGCAGCCGGGGAAAUGCGGUGCUUGCAUCACAAUUAGCAGAGGCUGGGCAACCAGGGCAAGUUGGCGCCUGGGAAUAACCGUGCGAACAUCCUCGUAAAUGGGAUCGAAUCACCUGCCGCAAUGCACCCAGUCCGAGAGACCUUUGGAAAGUGGAACUGAAUCGGGAGGCGAUCGGGAGGAGUUUUCCAUCGCGGAUAUUUGAAGCCGAGACUGAACUCAACUUGAAGCGAGGUGGUAGGGGCUAGAGUCACUUCCCAGCCGCUCGCCACUGUGACUGAGCCUUUCGUGUCUUACAACUUACCACCGAGGGCAUUGCCAUCAUGUGUGAAACGGAAAUAAUAUCAAAUGAACCCACAAGCCCAUCAUCAUACUUUGGCGAAUCCUCUGAUUCAUACUAUCGUGUGGACCGCUGGCAAAAGCUCCGAACAGCUGUCAGGAAGCUAGAAUUCUGGGAAAACUUCAAUGCUGAACUGGCAGGAUGUGGGUUUUUUUCUAAAGUAUAUAAGGUGACUCACAAUACAACUCAUAAAGUUAUGGUGGUAAAAAUUUACAAGCAGGAUGUUGACCAGGAUGCCAUUGUACGGGAGAUUAGCCUUCUCCAGAAACUCUCUCAUCCUAACAUAGUCAGAUACCUGGGGGUGUGUGUUAAAGAAGAUAAACUGUACCCUAUGCUUGAGUAUAUUAAUGGUGGAUGCCUGGAAGAACUUCUAGCCAAUAAAGAGUUUAACCUGACUUGGAAGGAAAAAGUGGAUCUUGCAUCAGACAUUACACGAGGAAUGGUAUAUCUACACUCAAAGAAUAUCUAUCACAGGGACUUAAACUCCAAGAAUUGCUUGAUCAGGGUAACAUCACGGGGGAGAGAGGCAUUAGUUACAGACUUUGGGCUGGCACGAGAAGUAGUUGAGCUGCCUACGAAGGAUCUCGAACGGAAGCUGUCCUUGGUCGGAUCAGCUUUCUGGAUGGCACCCGAAAUGUUGCGUGGUGAACCUUAUGACAGAAAGGUUGAUGUUUUCUCCUUUGGUAUAGUAUUGUGUGAAAUCCUUGGCAGAGUCACCGCUGAUCCUGAAUUUCUACCCAGAACGCAGGAUUAUGGACUCAAUGCUGAAGCAUUCAAGGAAAUGGUGAAUGGCUGCCCAAAACAAGUCUUGGAAUUAACUGUUAACUGCUGUAAGGUCGAUGCCUUUAAGAGGCCAUCCUUCUCUGAGUUACUGGACCAACUUGAGGAGGUAGCUGAAAGCUUGGAGCCAAAUAAGGACAAUCAGAUCGCUGUGUGAAUCUGUCAGUGUUUGACUCUGCCACAAGGCCUUACGUGGGUGACAGCAAUUACUGUUAUCAUCAUAUAGUGUAUUGGAAAAAAAAAAGAAGAAAAAUGGAUCUCUGACCCGUGGGAAUUGAGUGUGUGUUGGAAAUAGCUGAUUCACUCAAGAUAGUGAAAGGACACACAAUCGCCUAACUACAUCAAUUUGUUAAUCACGGGGAGUGGUGCAAUUUGGACUUUGAGUUUAAAGUUAAAUGGGCAGUAUUGAUUUAACCACAAUACAUCUCUCUUGAUCUUUUUUUCCAUUAAUGGAAAUUAAAUUUGGGAACAAUGAAUAAUGGGGAGCUGAUUUGAUAUCACCUUGUUUCUCACCAUUACCCAAAGUCCAAAUUAUCCCACCUUCAUUAAACGGAAUUCAAGGUAUUAAUAUGUGGCAUUUUAUGGAAAACUGCCAUUACAAAUCUGUGUCCUGGGUUACCAGGCAGAUAAGUGUUUUCAUUUAAUCCAUCAUACUUGAUGGACUGUAAUGUACGUACUGAAAACUACACUCACAGGAGAUGCAACUUCUGUGAAGCUAAAGCUAUCGAUACAACAAGGGCAGAAUUUUCUGCUCAUCGGGCGGGCGCACACCCGACCCAAACGAACGUAAAAUGACACGCAAUGACUUCGGGCAAGCGUCCCGACAUCGUCGCGCACUCGCACCAUAUUCCGGUCAGCAGGUGCGCCUGGGAGUCAGCAGCACACCCACUGACAAUUAACCGGCCUAUUAAGGCCAUUGAAAAGCAAAUUGAAUUAAAUUUUUCGCUGCCCAUCCAGCCUUCCAUGGGCAGG